ACAGCAUGCUACGGUCCACCAGGAGAGCGAUCUUCCUUAUGAUUUUGUAUCAGCUUUCUCAUCUUCAAGUGACGGAUGCAAUGUGCCCUGUAGGAGGCGCUAUGUACUACGGUCCAGAUUAUCAGAUGUGCUUCUACGUUGUAAUCGAACCGGACAAAACUUUCUCCGCCAAGCAAGCCGCAUGUUCUCGUCUUGGCGGCGUUCUUAGCCAUAUACCUGAUGCCAAUGCAAACUCAUUUCUGUUUGCAGCAUUGUCGGAAAUGUCUCAUUACAGGUUUGUGUUGGGACUAAACGACAUUGCUAAUGAGGGGGUAUUCGUGACAACUGCAGGAAAUGUUCAGCUCUGGAUUAACUGGGAAAACAAUCAACCUGAUAACUCUUGGGGUCGCGAAGAUUGCUGUGAAGUCACCUUUGAUGCAGGCAACAGCAUGGUUGUCAAUGAUGUUCCAUGUAAAUUUCGCUCUAACCAAGCUAGAGCACUUUGUCACUUGGAGAAUAGUCCAGAGUUGCCGGCGAUCUCUUUUGGUGGUCAAAGUGAUGUCGAGAGAAAUGCAUUUUCAAGGUUGCAAUCGCCGUCAAAAGGAAUCGUUGGAGCUCAGUUGCAGAACGUUUUGAUCCACAGUCGGUCUAUGUGCGCACUGCUUUGUCGCCAAGACGACAACUGUCAGUUUUUCGUCUUCACUUCGCCUGAUGCAGUGUGUCGUACAUACGCUAUUCCGGUAAUAAAACCCACUGCAGAUGGGGCACCGUUGCAGAUAGGAAGGGAGAAUGUCUGGGUACGCCGAUAG